AUGUUGACCAUUUCAUAACUCAAGUUUCCUAAGCGCCACAGCCAUUUUAGUUAAGCCAGCGCCUCACGCCUGUUCCAUCACCUUUGGACAGUGCUCUUCAUACCUCUGACUCAUCUGGGCCAGUGGCGAGAGGAAGCUAGUAAUUGUUUCGGGUUCAUCAGCAGCCGCCACUGUACCUCGGCGCCAGCCGCUGUGUACCACGUGCAAUGCCUGCUGCCAAAUCCUGUCGCUCGACCAUUGCGUCCUGCGCUCAGCAGUGUCGCCGCGAUACGGCUAGCUGUUAGGCUCACAUCUUCCAGACGCUUGCCUGGAUACUGUCAGCGUCACCAGUUCCAAGUCAUCCAGGCCAACAGGCCAGCCCCUGCAUGCUCUCGACUUGCCCCCCAACCUUCCUCCGGAGCAGCCGCAACUCCUGCAACGACGCCCGUCUGGACACUUGACUGGCUUCCGCAUUGAUUCAAAUUCAAACGUCGGGGCUGCUGGCUGGCUAGCUAUCAGGGCCAGCCUGACACAGCUCGUCCGAGGCCAAGUCCCGUCCGUUUAUUCGCUGCAGCAGCACCUUAGCGCCCAGCUCGGCUCACAGCCCAGCCGUUUUUCACGCCCCGAAACCUUUCUUCCCUACCAUGGCCUCCUACGUCGCCACCAGCAGCUCCAUCCCUUCAGCUGCUGCCACAGCAGCAGUCGCGCCUGCAACCUCACUCCCGCACCACCGCGCCAGCACCGUCAGCGGCCGCAGGGCUGUCGCUGCUCCUCUCAGGACUAAGCCCCCCACACCGCUCUCCUCCACCCCUGGAUCUGCUGCCUGCCUAGCACCCUCGCCCUCACUCUCAACAGCCUGCCCAGCCAUGAUUCGCGCCACCUGCUGCGACUCCCGGUCUUCCCGGUCCCGGCUGCUGCUACUGCCUCCUCAGCUGCCACCUCAGCUGCCUCGGCAGGGUCUUCAGCUGGGGGCCCACCGCAGCGGCAGGACUGCGGUACGCACCGCAGCUGCACCUCCACCUCCCCCACCAGCCUCCAGCUCCUCCUCUUCGUUUCCCUACCCUCUCAACAGCAGCAGCAGCAGCGGUCUGGGCAGCCACUACCAUCCUCGCAGCAGCAGCAGCAGCUGCGGCAGCAACGGCUCGCCUCCACCCCCGCAGGCGACAGCUGCUGCUUCUGCUGCCACCGCCCCGGCAUCCCCACUUGCCGCAGCAGCAUCUCCCCAGCAAACCCCCAACCAGCAGCAACACCAGGCACCAUCACCACGGGGCCCCUCAUCUCCCACCGCCGCCUCUCCUGGCAGCAACAACAGCAGCAGCAACAGUGGCACGGUGGCCUCCUAUGAGGAUGAGUAUGUGCUGCCCGCGGAUCUGGCGGCAGAGAUUGCUGCUGCUGCUACUGCUGCUACUGGGAGUGCUGCGGGAGCUGCGGAUGCUGAUGCCACUACCACAGCCGCUGCUGCUGCUGCUGCUGUUCCCGUCCCUGCAGCCGUUCCCUCCCCUGCGGUGUUCCUAUCGGGGGAGGUGGAGCGGCUGCAGGGGCUGCUGGGGCGGCUGAGGGGGGCGGGGCAGGGGGCGGAGGAGAAGCUGCGAGUGCUGCAAGCCGAGGACAGUGUGGCCGCCUUCCUGGCCGACCCCAGCCACGCCUCCAUGUGCGCUGCUCUGCGUCAGCUGCCCCCCUCCCAGCAGCAGCUGCUGCUGUGCCUGCCAGCCAUGGGGCAGCAGCACGUGCUCAUGGAGCCGCUGGGAGCCCCCUCCAGCCCGCCCGCCUCCCUGGCUCCCCAGCUCUCCUCCCUUGCCUCCCGCCUGGCCCGCGUGGAACAGUUCUACGACAGUGUGGGCGGGCUGCUGGGCUACCAGCUGAAGAGCCUGCAGCUCAUCCUGGCGGGCAUGCAGGACAAGGCUGCUCGGAUGCAGGAGCAGCAGCAGCAGCACCCCCAGCAGCAGCAACAACAACCAACGGCUGAUGCCUCCCCUACCUCCCCCGCCUCCGCCUCCUCCCCCUCCGCCACCUUCCACGUCCCCCGCGGCGGUCUGGACCUAGCGGGCGAGGCGGGUGCGGGUGUGGGAGUGGCGGCGGCCGCUCAGGGGCUAGCGGGGCUGCCCUUCACCGCGGAGAUAUACCCGGUUGGCGGCGCGGGUGACCGGCUGGGUCUGGUGGACGAGGCCAGCGGCGCCAGCCUGCCCGCUGCCAUGCUGCCGUACGCGGGUCGCAGCCUGCUGGAGGUACUGCUGCGGGACCUGCAGGCCCGCGAGUACCUGUACUUCCAGCUCACGGGUCGCCAGGUGACCACCCCCGUGGCCAUCAUGACCAGCGACGCCAAGGGAAACCACGAGCGGGUUUCGGAGCUGCUGGGCGGCCGCCUGCGCUGGGCGGGCCGCGGGCGGGGUGGCUUCCGGCUGUUCCGGCAGCCCAUGGUGCCGGUGAUGGGGGUGGAGGAUGGACGGUGGCUACUCAGUCGCCCGCUCGCCCCCAUGAUGAAGCCGGGGGGCCACGGAGCCAUUUGGAAACUCAUGUGGGACGAGGGCGUGUUCAAUUGGCUUGUACGGCAGCACGGCAGGCGAGCCGCCAUUGUACGGCAGAUCUCAAACCCCAUGGCGGGUACGGACACCACGCUGCUCGCGCUGGCGGGGGCGGGGUUUGCCCGUCGGGGUGGCGGCGCGGGGGCGUUUGGGUUUAUGAGUUGUGAGCGAGCGGUGGGAGCGGCGGAGGGCAUGAAUGUGCUGCAGGAACGGCGGCGGUGGGUUCCGCAUGGUGCGGAGGGUGCAGCAGCUGCAACUGCAACUGCAACUGCCCGCAACAAUAACAGCAACAACAACAGCAGUGGCGGAAGCGCAGGCGGUAGCAGCAGCAACAGCAGCAGCAGCAGCAAUGAGAGCGGGGGUCGUUGGGUGUACGAGUACGGCAUUACAAAUGUGGAGUAUACGGAAUUCGAGCGCCUAGGUUUGAGUGACGAGGCGGUUCCCGGCAGCUCCGGAACCACAUCUGUGUUUCCCGCAAACACCAAUGUGUUGUUUGUGGGCCUUAUGGGCGCAAGGAAGAUUGUGGAGCAGGCCAUCUCCCGCGGCGACGGCGCCCAGCUGCUACCCGGACUCAUCUUCAAUCUCAACAAAAAAGUGUCGUACACCGACCCCCUGCUGUCGUACACCGGAGCUAACGGCGACGGCAGUAGCAGCAAUGGCAGCAGCGACAUCGGCAGUAGUAUGACCAGCACUGAUAGCGGCGGCAGUAGCAGCAUUACCAGCGGCACUGGCAGCAGCAUUAGCAGUGGCAGUAGCAGCUCCUCUGCUGCUACUGCUACUGCUGCUGCCGUACGACAGGUUGCUGCGGGGCGCAUGGAGAGUACGAUGCAGAACCUAGCGGACUUCCUGACGGAUCGGUUCGAGCGACCCAUGGACCCGCAGCAGCUGGCGGCCUCGCAGCAGCUCUCCACCUUCUUGGUCUCCAACUUGCGCCGCAAGGUGACGUCUUCCGCCAAGAAGCGCCGCGCCCCCGGUUCCUCCCGCAUCGCCCAAACCCCCGACGGCUCCUUCUACGACCUCACGCGCAACGCCUGGCAGCUGCUGCAGCGCUGCGGGCUGGCGGAUGUGCCGGAGCCGGGCAGCCCGGAGCAGUACCUGGAGCGGGGCCCCGGCUUCAUCUUCCUGUUCCACCCCGCGCUGGGACCGCUGUGGGACGUCAUCGCUCAGAAGCUGAGUGGCGGCUGCCUGGCGGCGGGCAGCGAGCUGGUGUUGGAGGUGGCGGAGGCGCGAGUGAGGGGGCUGAGGCUGGAGGGCAGCCUGCAGGUGUACGCGGAGAACGUGAUGGGCCACACGGAGCUCGAGGGACAGCCCAGCGCCACGGAUGCGGCCGCAGCGCUGCAGCUGGCGUACGACAACAGCCCCUCGUCGUACAACAGCAACAACAACCCAUCGCUGCCGUACACAUCAUUAUCGUCGUCGUCACCCACGUCACCGUCAUUCUCCUUCACACCGUCCUGCACUAACGGUAACGGCAACGGCACUAAUGGCAAUGGCGCUAACGGAAACGGUGUGCACUCGCACCCCAACGAAGCUUCUGCCGCCGCUGCUGCUGCCAGCAACGGCAGUGCUGCCGGUAGUGGCUAUAGCAACGGCAACUCCAACGGCAACGGCAACAACGGCCAUAUCGCCGAGGAGGGUCGUGCUGGCGGCGGCGGCAGCAGCGGGGAUGCCAUUCUGCGUUACGGGCGGCGCUGCGGUCGGGUGUCCCUGGUGAACGUGCGAGUGUGCAACGCGGGCAUCAACUGGCAGGCGCCGGACAACGUGUACUGGAAGCACCAGGUAUCCCGCCACGAAACCUGCAAGAUCGUGCUGCUGGGUCAAUCCGAGUUUGAGGCCCAAGACGUCACCAUCCCUGGAGACCAGGCCUUUAUCGUCCCUGACGGCUACCGACUCUCCGUCACCGCCGCCGCCAGCGCCGACGCCGACGGGCCCUCCUUCCGUACAACACUUACGCCGCUGACGCCGCUAGCGGCGGUCGCCGCCGGCGGCGGCGGCAGCGGCGGCGGUUACCAACCGUCUUGGGAAUGGCGGUACACGAUGGAUACGAGCGGUGCCGUGCGGCUGUCGUACAUUAGCCAUACCGGGCGGGAUCAAGGUACGGAAGGUACGGGACCGCGUACGGGCAUGGUGGCGACGGUGAUGGCGGCGGCGGAGCAGCGCAGCGAGUGCGUGCUGGACUUCAGUAUCUGAUGAGUGGGGUGCGAUAUUGGAGCUGACUAGGAUGAUGAGGAUGAGGAUGCGGAUGAGGAGGAUGAAGAGGAGAGGAAGGAGCGGCUUGUUCGCUGUACCGCAGCGCUGCAUUGCAAAGCUUGAAAGCAAGCUUAUUGUUGUUGUUGAUGAUGUUGUUGACGUAUUACUUCUUGAAGGCAGGAUGUGGUAGGAUUCCGGGGUAUCAUGUGGUGUGUGGUGCGUGCUAGGGCGGGAAUAACCCUUUAUUCCAAUAGCCACGCACGUUGAGUACGGAGCGCAUGGCUCCCGAGGACGGUCUUAGGGCAGUUGGGUAGGUCGGUGCGAGGCUUGGCCUUAAGGCGUUUGAGGGGACGUAGGAUUCCUCGUUGGAAUCCUUUGACACCUUUGGAUUCGCGUACAUGCUGCUGUUGCUCUUGUGGCGUUGUCGGCGUUGUUGGGCGACCGGGAACGAAGCGAGGCGUGUGCGGUGCUAACAGGACUCUCGCGGAUGGCGUGUUGGAUAGCAGGCAAGUGUGCUAAAAGGACUACCGUAUCGCUUGUGGAUAGCGUGUUGGAUUCUUGGAUAGCAAGCAAGUGUGCUUGUUGGUCGUCGUGCGGUUGGGAAAGCAGGGGCAUGCAGCAGCACCACGCCGUGUGAACGAUGGGAACGAUGGGAACCAUGGCGAGAGUUUCGGUUGGAAGAGGAAGCAUAGAAGCGGGUUUGGUUAUGGACGCUCGCAUUGCGUUGGACAAGAUGUUGCAGCAGUGGCUUUGCAUGUUGUGCUUUGGUCGGCAGGAGGGCUUGGGGCGAGGUCAUGCAGAUGUCGCAGUUGCAGCAGGGGGGCAUGCAUGCAUGUACCAGUAGAUGAGAAGUUGAGAAGACAUGGUGCGGUUGUUAGCCAGGAGGGAGAUUAGGAUGCACCGUGCGGCUGGGUAGGGGAUGAGCGCUCAGCGUGUGUUGUGGCAAAUAUGACACAGCUACACAGGGCUUUGGAGGGGUUCUACCUCUCGCUUCGUUGCUGGAUAUAUGGCGUGCAGGAGGGGCAUGGGAGGCGGUUGGCUAGAUGAGGAUCCUAUGCUUGUAGUGCAUUGUUGCAGAGUGCCGUGCGGAAAUAAGAGCGCGGAAAUCAGUUGUAUCAUGGUUGUAUGGGUGCGGUAAUAAGUUGAUUGCGCAGGUUGUUUAUAAGAGAGUCCAAACAUAGGAGGAGGGAGAAGAGAGAGCGGUAAGUGACGCGGCAAGGGUAUGUACCGGGUAUGAAGCCCGAAUGAAUGGGGGCCUUAUGUGGUGACCCUCGCUACGAGUGUACGGUAGUUUGCAUUAUAUGGGUUAGAUCCCAUUUUCAGUUUGAAAGAGUGGAUCCUGAGCAGGUAUGUUGUUGCUGCGGGUAAUAUUGUAGUUGCGCGUUGCUUUAGUUGUCCAGUCCCCGUAGAUCGAAACGAAGAAACAGUAUGUAUACGUAGUAUACGGUUUCGAAGGAGCGAAGCGAAGGGAAGCAUAGGC